AAUAUGUAUGUAAUAUGUAAUUUAAAAAAAAAACAAAUUUUUACCAUUAAAUAGUUCUAAGAAAUAGUUUUAUAGUCAUUAAAAUCAAGUCUAUAUCAAUAUAUUAAGUUACCUUAUGUAUUCUUCAAUCUGAGUUAAUUACAGAUUUCAGAGUUAUUGUUAUAAUAAUGAUCCAUUAUUACCUUAGCCACAUAAUUACGUAUUACAAUUUAAGCCAUUGUAAACAAAGUAACAAUGGAGAAAAAAUGUAAAGUAGCUACCUAUAAUCAAUGAAUUAUAAUUAAUUAUACAAAUACGUACGUAUUUUAUGAUUGUAUGUUAAAAUAAAAAUAAUAAACUAUGUUUACCUGCAACUGUUUGUAGGCAUUUAUCCCAAUACAAGAUAAUACGUUUAUGUGCGUGUGUGAGUCAUUAGAUUAGAAGAAGUAUAUAAUAUUAGCAUAGUAUUUGGAUUGGAUAAUUUAAAUUUUGCCUUUAGGUUUUAAUGCUGCUUCCUCUUUUAAUUUUUUUAAAAAAACUAGGCUAUAGGAUAUUAUCGCGAUAUGAAGUAGGUAUGACGUAUGAAUACUUAGUCAUCAAAACAAAUUAAAUAUAUAAACACGUGAUGUGGGAGAAAUAUUGUUAAAAAUUAUACUUAACAAAAAUAGAUAAUUUUUUCUAUGUAUUUUUCUAAUUUUUUAAAUUAUUAUUUGAACUUAUAUUUGAAGUAAAAUUAAUUAUAUUUUCGAGGAAGAAAAGAUAAAAUCAAAAAUGGGUUUGACUUGAACUAAAUUCACUUUUUCAGACUCAUACGAACUUUACAAUGAAGUGUUUGAAGAUAACAUAUACAAUUUUUACGACAUUGAUAUUUAUCACGAAAACUACGCACAAUACCAAACGGCGAAUCAUGUAUUUUACUGGCUAUACACGAGAGAUGAUACCGAUGGUCAAAUGUUAAACAGAAGUGAGCCACACAUGAUCGAGUCGACGACGUACGAUCCAACAAAUCCAAUUAAAGUAAUAGUGCACGGUUGGCUUGGAUCUACUCAAGAAAAAUCGGGCGUUUGUUCGUACAACGUAAAAUCGUAUUUUGAAGUGGGCAAUUACAAUGUGAUCUGCGUGGAUUGGAAACAAUAUUCGACUGAUUUAUCAUAUGCGGUCGCGAAGAAAAGAUCCAAAUACAUUGCUCUGGAUAUUGUUAAGGUGUUGUUGAAGAUUACGUACAACAUGACGAUGGGCUGCUAUGAUACUUUGCAUGUAAUAGGACACAGUAUGGGAGCACACAUUGCCGGACAUGUUGGGAAAAAUUUGCCCGGCGUGGAUCGGAUCACAGGGUUAGAUCCUGCAAAACCGAUGUACGAGAAAAGUGGACCAGAUGACAGACUAGAUAUGACUGACGCGAAUUAUGUUGAUGUAAUGCAUACUAACGCUGGUCAAAACGGGCUUAACAAAUCUAUUGGUCAUAUGGAUUACUAUCCAAAUGGAGGAACAAAGCAACCCGGCUGCGUUGAACGUUCAGAUAAACCUGGUGCGUGCAGUCACGUUAGAUCCUAUCAUUACUAUGCACACUCCAUAUGGUCCAGAAACGAUUAUAUCGCAUAUAGGUGUUCCAGUUGGGCUGACUUUCAAGCGAAUCGAUGUGAAAAUGCUUCCAAAAAUCUGAUGGGCGAAUAUUCAGACCGGGAGAAGUUCGUGGUCUAUUUGGAAGACGGCGAUUAUUAUUUAGAAGCACUCAUCCAAGAUUAGUAGACACACAACGUGACGUACAACACUGUUUCUGAUUUACUGGACAAUUUUAAAUAUAAUUGUUAAUUAUAAGUAUCAGUUUUAAACGUAUUUGAUAUGUAUAUUGAUGCUCGGUGGAUGUCCAUAUUGAUACUGUCCGUAUCGAUACAUUUUAGUUUAUUUUACAACACAUAAAUUAGUUUUAACUUUUGAUCAACUCGGAUCAACAUUAUUCUAUAGUCUAUGCUACGCUUGUAUAAUAACCGUACAUUGAAUCAAGUUAAAUAUAUUAAUAUAAUUAUGAUAUCAUGA